AUGAAGUUCGCCGAUACUCUGCAAAUUACGACCGACUCUCAAAGGGUGCCUCCUCAACUGGCGAAAGAGAUCUUCACAAAGAUCCUUACGGCUGAGGAAAGCAAAGACACCAAUAACCUCCUCUCGUUCACCGAGGACGGCGCGACGUACGAGGUGUCCGGGUUAGAUCGUGUAUCCGGCAAGGCAGCUAUAAAGCAGUACCACGAUUGGAUGUUUGCAGCUGUGGAGCGUACGGAGAUUGUCAUGAAGUCAGGACGCCUCGGGCCAACUGAAAGCUCGGCCACUUACGACCAGACAUAUUACUACACCGACGGCACCUCGUCGACCGUUUCCUGGACUUUGACCGUGCAGAACAACCCCGAUAUCGGCAACAUCAAGGCGAGUGCGAUAAAAAUCGUCGGGAAUGCGACGGCGCAUUGGGAUAAGUGUACUGCUCUUGUCGGGCCUUUGCCGGUAUCGCCUGCCCAUAGGGAGCUGGUAUGAUGUAGGGUAUUUUAAAAUGCAUGGUGUACAUCCUUCCUACAUAGGAGUAGUACCUCUUUUGAGACAAA